GCUGGUGUUUCGGGAAGAAGACCUACCUGAAGAGCAGCUGGAAUAUUCUCGAUGGUAUGCUGGUGAUGAUCUCCGUGAUUGACAUCCUGGUAUCCAUGAUCUCCAACAGCGGCACUAAGAUCCUGGGAAUGCUUCGGGUGCUACGGUUACUGAGGACCCUGCGUCCACUCAGAGUGAUCAGCAGAGCUCCAGGACUGAAGCUGGUUGUUGAGACACUGAUGACGUCACUCAAGCCUAUCGGGAACAUUGUAGUUAUCUGUUGUGCCUUCUUCAUUAUUUUUGGCAUCUUGGGAGUUCAACUCUUCAAAGGAAAGUUCUUUGUGUGUCAGGGGGAGGAUACGAGGAACAUCACCAACAAGUCUGAUUGCCUCCAGGCAAGCAACAAAUGGGUCAGGCACAAGUACAACUUUGAUAACCUGGGGCAGGCCCUCAUGUCCCUUUUUGUUCUGGCUUCCAAAGACGGUUGGGUGGACAUAAUGUACGACGGCCUGGAUUCUGUCGGUGUCGAUCAGCAGCCCGUCAUGAAUUACAACCCAUGGAUGCUGCUUUAUUUCAUCUCCUUCUUGCUGAUCGUGGCUUUCUUUGUGCUCAACAUGUUCGUCGGCGUGGUGGUCGAGAACUUUCACAAGUGCCGACGGCACCAGGAGGCCGAAGAAGCCAAACUGCGCGAGGAGAAGCGCCUUAAACGCAUGGAGAAAAAAAGAAGGAAUGUAAUGCUGACCGGUGUCAGUUGGUCCAGUCCCGAUCACACACAAGAAGCCCAGAGUAAACCCUAUUACUCCGAUUACUCACCUACACGGCUUCUCAUCCACAAGAUGUGCACCAGCCACUAUCUGGACCUGUUCAUCACGAUUGUCAUCGGGCUCAAUGUCAUCACCAUGUCCAUGGAGCACUACAAACAACCUAAGGUUCUGGACGAAGCUCUGAAGAUCUGUAACUACAUUUUCACAAUCAUAUUUGUCCUAGAGUCCGUCUUCAAGCUUGUUGCCUUUGGAUUUCGACGCUUCUUCAAGGACAGGUGGAACCAGUUGGAUCUUGCCAUUGUUCUGUUGUCUAUUAUGGGCAUAACACUGGAAGAAAUUGAGGUCAAUGCUUCCCUUCCCAUCAACCCCACCAUCAUACGCAUCAUGAGGGUGCUGCGGAUCGCUCGUGUGCUGAAGCUACUCAAGAUGGCAGUGGGAAUGCGAGCUCUGCUAGACACUGUGAUUCAGGCACUGCCUCAGGUGGGGAAUCUGGGUCUUCUCUUCAUGUUGCUCUUCUUCAUCUUCGCUGCUCUGGGAGUAGAGCUGUUUGGUGACCUGAUAUGUGAUGAGCUGCACCCAUGUGAAGGUCUCGGCCGUUAUGCAACGUUCAAGAAUUUUGGCAUGGCUUUCCUCCUGCUGUUCCGUGUAUCCACCGGGGACAACUGGAAUGGCAUUAUGAAGGACACGCUCAGAGACUGCUCCCAAGAUACAGGCAUCUGCUACAACACGGUGGUGUCCCCCAUUUACUUUGUGUCCUUCGUUCUGACGGCUCAGUUUGUGCUGGUCAAUGUGGUGAUCGCUGUGCUCAUGAAACACCUGGAGGAAAGUAACAAAGAGGCUAAGGAGGAGGCUGAGCUGGAAGCCGAGAUGGCGCUUGAGCUGGAGGCUGUGGGUGGAGAUGGAGGAAUAUCCCGAGGACACAUGCCAUCUCUGGGACAUGGUGACAUUGGUGGACCAGGAGGGUCGCCUUGGAUCUCAAGAGACUCUCCAAAUAUGUCGGGACCUCUUUACCCCACAGACAGCCCACCUGCAGACAUACGCAGAGACUCUGAAGAUCACAUAAAGACAGAUCCCGAUCCUCCUCAUAAUUUGGAGCAGCCAUCAGAGCGGAGGCCUAUGUUUGACUCAGUUUCCCUGGUGAUCCAGGGCUCAUUGGAAGGAGAGCUCAGCCUCAUGGACAACCUAUCUGACUCCAUCUGCCACUACUACGCUCUGCCCCCCCUUCACAGCAAGCACUGCACUGAGAAACAGAUUCCUCUAGCCGAGAUGGAGGCUCUGUCUCUGGCGUCGGAGAAAUCCUGGUCCUUAGCUCUGAUGGAUGACUCUGUCGCAGAUGAUUUUAACCCCCUCUUACUUACCAGUCAGGAGUGCAAUACCACAGCUCCAGCAGAUCCCACAGACCCCCAGCAGCCAGACGAGCCAACGCAUGAGCACUUACUGUACGUGAAGAAGACCUCAGUGGGCCGCACACAUUCUCUGCCCAAUGACAGCUACAUGUUCCUGCCGCUGCAGCCCAACUCAACCCACAGUACCCACACAACCUCACCUCACCUCGCUCAAACGGGCUCUAUAGGCUCUAUCCAGUCUCAAACAGAAGAACCUACACAACACUUGACUGUGCUCACUGAUCUGUUCAGACCGAUCAGUCCUCAUAGCCUAUCAGACUCAGAGAGCAUCCCACGAAUCCCCCCACCUCGCCAGGCACACACUCUCUCACGAACCCUACGCAGACAGGUGGCAGUGAGUGCUGACUCUCAGGAGACUCUAUACACAGAGGGAGGGGAAAACGAGGGUCCCCUGGGGCUCAGGGAACUGUCUGACCCCCCUGUCAACCUUCCACCUCAGCAGCAGCACCAGCCUUCCCUCUUUCUGGUCCCUGCCACACCAGGCGCCUCCCCAAAACCGUCAGGACCUUGCGUCCACACGCAGCACAACCCCUACGACCAGUACAACGUGUUCUCCAGGCGCUCCCGCUCUCCGCCCCUCCCAUCUCCAGCCACCAGAAAGCAGGAGGAAAUGGACUCGGUGGAUCAGGAGGUAUCCCGAAUUAUCAGAGCGGGGCUUGCAGGGAGGAGCGAUGAUGGGAUCGGAGAAGGGACAGGAGAUCAAGGUGCAAGACGUCAGCUUAAGAAGUACCACAGCGUGGACACUCAGGGCCAGCGAGCUCUGCUGUUACCACGGCCCUUGUCCUGGCUUGUCGACCCACGUCGGCACUCCAUCGAGGUGUACUCGUCCGUGGAAAGCAGCCCCCAGUGCAGUUCGAGCUCCUCCGGCUUCGUCUCACGAGCUGAUAGCCUUCAGCAGCAAUCCUCACCACGCACCCGCAAGAAGAAGAUGAGUCCGCCGUGCAUCUCUGUGGAUCCGCCCGAGGUUUCGGAGCUUCCGGGAGGCUUUCAUGCUGCUCUGGGGAUAAUGCCACCCCCGUUGCCAAUUCGGGACACUUGCUUGAGGAGGCGCGCUCCCUCCAGUGACUCCAAGGACUCGUUUGAUUUGGGUGGAGGAGGAGAUGGGCUGCCUCAAGAGGGCAUCCCGAACUCCAAGCUAUUGACUCUGCCUAGCUUCUCUUUUGAGAAAACAAGCUCUGAGCACUGAACACUUGACUUACACGUUCACACACACACGUGACACACGAUGCACUCUGUGUAUCCGUGAUGGUGAUAGUAAUAGUAAUAAUAUCUUAGAGAGUAAUAAUGCUAAAUGCAACAAUGGUGAAUACUCCAUGAUCAUGAGGAAUAGUAACUAUACCUUGUAUUUUUUUUUCUCUACUGCCAAAAGAACACAAAAAGACAUUUUGCUGAGGAUUAAACAAGCUAAUAACUAGACUCUCUCUCCUCAAAGAUACCUCCUUGUGGAGGUGAGUGCAGAGCCCGGGGGAGGGUGUCCCCUUCUGGCCGUUCACAGCACUGUAUUGCUGAACUCCCUAAAGGGCACUGAUGAAGGUAUAAAGCAAUAUGAACGUUUCAGAGACACUAUUUUCUUAAAUUAUUGGGCCAUAGUGUUUGUAAAGGAUGUAGAAUUUCUUUUUUCGAUUUUGUUAUAUAGUUUUAUUUGUCUUUUUGUGAUUUUCUCUUUUUCUCUAUGUUUAAAUCGUUUGUCGUUUGCUUUAUUUUUUCACCAUAGGAUAUUUUUAGCCUUGUUUUAACAAAGACAAAAAGAAAGAAAACAUUUUUCAAAGUGCCGGGAUGUAUUUGUAGGGAUAAUGAUAUUAUUAUUAAUAAUAAUAAUGAUGAUAAUAAUAUAUCUCCUUAAAAUAAAGACUUAAACUUUGAUUUUUAAGCACAAGUAUUAGACUGGUGUGCCCUGACAAAAGAGUCUAUUGAACACAUCUGCAGAAUGGAUUGUGCUACUCUAAUGACAGUCUUUCAGACAGAAGUGAAGAAAUACUUGCAUUAAUUGAAUUCAUGAAGCAGAAAAACACUGCAAAACACACACAAGCCACAGAAAACCAGAUAAGCAUUUCUUUUACAUUUAAUUGGAACUCUGGUUUAAUUUCUGAUUGUUUUUGGCACAUUUUUGAACACCAGGCUAUCUUUAGUGAAAUAAAUGCUAUAUUAUCAGUACAGCUCAUACAAUAUUUGUGUGAAAUUGUAACAUUAAAAAAAUCUGAGAAAAGCAAAACAUUUGAACAUUUUGUCAAUAAAGAAGUCUCAAGAACUUUGUGUUCUUGAAUUAAAAUGUUGAGAGGACAUUUUGUCCAUUUUGCUGGGCAGAUUUGUCUGCACAGUAGGACCAGCAAAAAGAAACACAUGACCAAAUUUCUGCACUGAGGUCGAGAGUGGACACGGAGUAAACUAUG